AUGGCUGCAUCCAACUAUACUGCACUUCUCAACACUCAAGACCAACCCAAAGAAAUCGGUGUUAUAGUUAAAUAUCUGAAAAAAUUCCCAUUGGCAUAUGCAGUUCUUUCUAGUUCUUUAACUCUACAAUCUCUUAUCUCAAAAGUCUUUCAAUCAACAGUCAUCUCCACAAGAGCAAGGUCUAAACAACUUGAUGUUGAAUUUGAUCUUUUUCAAGCUGCCUUGGUUCUAAACAAAGAAGAGUUUGCAGUCACAUUAGGUCUAAGUGAAUUUUCUCCUAAACGUCAUACAUUUUUCACACCAACUUCUGCUCAAUUGUUGAUAACGUUCAAGGAAACGGGGUAUAAAUUUGAAGAUGAAAAAAACCAUGCCUUUCAAGAAUUCGAAAAUCUUGUCUUCCCACACCAUGGCACUUUCUCAGUUCCGUCCUCACUAGAUGUCACUUCGGAUCAGUUGGUGAUGCAGUCGUUGUAA